AUGGAGCUCCUUCAGUCCGCUCAGUUCGCCAACCAUGUGCGGAAACUCAUGGACCACCACUCAGUGACGGGACUUGCCAUUUCUUUGGUGCAGGACCAAGAAUUAAUCUCGCUAGCUGUUGGCAAGGCCUCUCUGGAGCCAUCUACAGCUUUCACGCCAGAUUCGCUCAUCCGUGUUGGUUCUCUUUCAAAAUGCCUUACUGCGGCCGCCGUCGCACUGCUUGUUCACGACAACGAGAGGUACCCUGAUGUGCAAUACGAGACGCCCAUUGCAAGUCUUCUUCCCGGCGAUUUUGUUAUGCCUGGGGCGGAUCACGACGACGUCACUUUGGAAGACAUAUUGAAUCACCAGACAGGCAUGCCCACCCAUGAGCUUGCGCUCUUCGGCCCCAACGCGAAGCAUCCAGACAAUGCUUGCUCCAUUACGAGGAAUUUGCGUAACCUCGCCCCAGUGGCUCCUAAUCGAACAGAAUUUAUAUAUUGCAACAUGAUGUACACCGUGGCUACUCAUGUCAUCGAGCAGCAAACGAAAACUAAAUUUGGGGAUUUUCUUGAAGCCCACCUCUUGCGGCCGUUGCAAAUGAACUCAACGGCACUUUUUAAAAGCCGUGUAGAAGCCAACGGGCUACUUGGACGGGUCGCCACCGGAUAUCUGCGAUGCAAAAAGACAAAAAGUUUCAAUGAAGCUGUACAUCGCGAAAGUCCCGAGUCACAAGGCGCCUCUGAGAUACACUCCAGUGCCUCUGACUAUGCCAAGUGGAUCAAGGCAUUGAUAAACCGCGAAAGUCCCAUCACGGACGAGAUUUACGAGAGUCUCACAAAGAGGCGUGUAGAACAAGACCGCCUAACUGAAGAACCGUUACACGAGGCCCAAUUAAUACACUACACAUUUGGUUGGGACGUUGCCAAAUACGAAGAUUACACCAUUCUGUCUCACGAAGGGGGCGACAUAGGCUAUCACUGUAUUCAGUUUUUCAUGCCGGAGCUCAAAUUCGGAGGUGCCAUUUUUAGCAACUCAGACCACGCAAGCACAUUGAUGGGCCGACUCAAAUAUCGGUUGAUCGAUGAAAGGAUCCAUGGACCUUGUGCCGAGGACCCGACCAGCGAGGUCAAAGCGGAUGAUUUGCCUGGCGACAGUGUUUCCGAGGACUCUGAAGAUGAGUACUACCAAGAGCGUAUAGAAGACGUACGACAGGGUAUUUGCCCAGGAAUCACAGAUGUGCUACCACAGGAGCUACCGCUCAGUGUCUACACAGGACAGUACUGGAACCCUGGAUAUCGAAGCAUCCUGGUCGAAGAGGAUAACGGCUCCUUAGUAAUCAAUGCGCAAGACCGAUCUCUGAGAUUUACAGUCACUUUUAUACACGUGUGUGAUCAAACAAAAUAUGUUGCAAUUUUACAUCUUGGACCAGAUCCUGAUAUCAUCACUGAAGCCGAGUUUAUUCUUGCAGGAGGCACUGCGACCAAGGUCGGAAUCCAUCUGGAGGAGCGUUUGGAGGAGAAGAUAUGGUUUGAGCGUGUUUACCUGGAAGAAGAGCAAAGAUAG